AUGGCUUUAGCUAAUGGGGGUGAUAAAGUAAAAAAAGAUAAGGACAAUAUUCUCAGCGAUGAUGAUCUCAAACAUUUCAAUGAUUUCAAUGCUAAAUUUCAUCGAACUUGUGCAGAUGAGGCUCCGAAAUGCAAGGAACAAAAGCUUAAUUUUGCCAAGAAUCUCGUAAAACUCAGAAAAAUCAAAGAGCAAACAAAGGAAAAGAGCUUUGUUGUUGGGCUCCAUCCAUUUAUGGAUGAGUCGGAAAAGGAGAUGAGGAAGAGAUUGAUGGACAAAGAAAUCAUGCCUAAAUCAAUUGGAAUGAAGCAAAUGCAGAGGUCACCGGAAGGAGCAAAGACAAAGAUUAACCCAUCUUCUUUUGACUGGAGAAACACUGGAGCCGUCAACCCUGUGAAAGACCAAAAACAGUGUGGAUCAUGCUGGGCUUUCUCAACAAUCGCUACAGUUGAAACCAUUGAUAACUAUGUGCAUUGCCGUGAUACUACCGAAAGUCGGGUCUCCUAUUCUGAACAGAUGGUAAUGGAUUGUACAUAUUAUAACGCCUCGGUUCCUGAGAAAGAACAAUAUGAUGGAUGUGAUGGUGGUUGGCCAUCAUCGGCACUCAAACGCAUCAUGAUCACUGGCACAGAAACAGAAAAGCAAGACCACUACUUGGCUGGAAAAGGAGUUUGUCCAUUAGGACUUGCGGAAAAGAAACGACCUGUGGCCGCGCAUCCGAUCUCCAAUUGGGCAAACCUCACCGGAGAUGUUGAUGCGAUGGUCGACUUCAUUGCCAACAAGGCUCCAUUUGCCUUUUGCAUGAUGAUUUGUGAAGACUUUUUCGGGUAUGAAUCCGGUGUCUAUGAUAGCACGAACUGCACUGAAGAUAAUGCUGUUGGUGGACAUGCUGUUGCUGUGAUGGGAUACGGGACCACUGAUACUGGAAUCGAUUAUUGGCUCGUCCGAAACUCUUGGGGACCUACAUGGGGAGAAGAUGGUUACUUCAAGAUUCGAAGAGGAACUAAUGUAGCUGGGUGUGAGGAUUCGAAUGUCGCUGGUCCGAUUCCUGUCGAUUCACGUGAUUGUCCCAAUAAUAAAUUGCAUCGGGCACAUCACCAUAUCAAUCCUCAUACACAACAGGAUUUUGUUUUGAUU